CGCCAACCACGCGGACAACGAGGGCGAGCCGACUGUGUGCUGCCUACCUAGGACAGGCUCCUCGUUGUAGUCGCAGGGUGGCUCUUGUUUGUGACUUCAAUGAGUCAGGAUGUGGGCCAUGCCGAUUCUUCUGAACAAAGAGAACAAAGAGACUCAGAUGAGGGUGUGGAAGCCCGGGAGGUGUCUCUUGGGGAGGCCUUAGCAAAGAACGACAUUGAUGCUGCUGUGGAGCGCAUCCUGUGCAGAGAAAACAGCAUCAUAAAGGAAUUGGACAGGUAUUUGCAGCGCCAAGAUUUUCUAAAUGCCAGAAGGAGAGAGAUGCUGCAUAAGAGAUGGGUUGAGAAUGUUGCCUGUCCUCUCCAGCAGAAAAUUGUUGACAAAGUCGGUUCCCCCAGGGAGAUUGAGAAGAGGAAGCGUCUGGAACUGGAAGGCUACCUUCGGUUCAGGAAUGCUGUGGUUACACUCCCACCAUUCCAUGAUCCCCUGUUACAAGCCCAGCAAGACAGGGAUGAGGAGAACAAAGCUAUUCUUCAGUGUGAGACAGGAAGAAUAUACACAAUGAGGGAGUUUAAAGAAAGAGAGAAAGCCGAGCGGCUGGCCAGGCUGCCCCAAUCAUCCCUCGCCCGGCAGAACAUCAGCCCAAGCCAGUGGCUUAAGAUCCCUGCUGGAUACGUGGAAAGUGAAUUUUGUCGAAAGUCCAGGUUAAAAGUGAGAGUGAAUCGAAAUCGGAUCAGCUGGGACUUCAGAAAGGUUUUCUAUCCUUCAGAAACCAAUGAAGAAGAAUCCACCAUUUCCCUCCCUGCUUAGAGAAGGCCAACAUCUGAGCUGGAUGCACCCGAGGAAGUACACACUUGAUGUGCUCGCAUCUUCCCUCCUGGGCCCUUUGUUGUUGACUUGAAUGUUCUUAUCAC